AUGCCCGAUAUGAGCUACGUUGGCAUGGAGGACUACGACGAGUAUGGCCCUGCCGUUGGAUGCCAGGCCGUGGAGAUCCUGGAGUUCAACUACCGGCGCAGGAUGCCGGCCACCAACUGCAUCCCAGCAGACAGCCCAGAGUGCAUCAGUGGCACCUGGUAUUCACUGCCGGGCGCGUGUCCCUCGAAGAGUCUGUACAAGAAGACGGACGAGUGCAAGCAGGAGUACCCCAGUGCGCAGUGCGACAGCCCGGAUGGCACCUCAUCCUGCACCUACAACACCCGCUACGCGGGACUGGUAGAGCUUGAUGAGCUGGUAGGCAUAAAGGACUACGAGAAGUGGUGGGCGAACAAGACAGGCCCCACCGGCAAUUUCGAGUACAACAGAACCAUCGACAUGGGUAACGGCACCACAUGGUGGAAUGAUCGCCACAGUGAGUCCUUGUGCGACUCGCGCAUAGAGCAGGUCAUCGACCUGUUCGCAAAGCGCUAUCCGCAGUUGCCAAAGGACUUGCCUGACCCACCGUGCCUCUAG